AUGCUUCUCUCCUUUUUCCAGAUCUACUGCUACGCAGUCAAUGGUUUCUCUAUCUUCUGCAAUGGGAUACUGCUUAUUCUAUCUUCGCACAAAAUCGAAGCUAUUCAGGAGCUUCGAUAUUUCCUAUCGAACAUCUCUGUUGCUGGUAUUGUGCUUUCCUUAUGCGUCCUACUUGUUCAACCGCAAAUGGUAACUCGUGGACCGAUGUGCAUUCGUGUACCUCAUGGACCACUGAGCAUCCUUAACGCUGAUUUUGUGAAGCUCACGUCAUCUAUUGCCGUAGUGUUCUACAUGUAUGGGAUGCUGUCAUUCCCACUGUUCUUCGUCUAUCGCACGAUGAUCCUCGUUAACAGCACCGCACUUGGGCAAUACUUCAACAAACGAAACCUGCUGAUCACUUUCGGGGUCGUCUUUAUCUUUUGCAGCAUGGAGGGAGCCUGCCUAUAUUAUUCCAAUAUACCUUACGAGGACCUUUUCGAAAGAUUGAACAAAACUUCGAAGGUGAUGCAGGAUUUUGAUGCGCAGUACAAAAUUCCGGAGCAGCUUCUGCACCACCAACCGCAGUCCACUGAUACAGCACAAACAACUCCGGCUACACAUCACAAUGUCUCUGGAGUGAUUCUUGUGGCUGAGGAUUACAGGAAACAUUUGGCUUUAACUGGAGAAGACUACACAAAAAAUCCGCUCAUUUUGUAUUUCUAUGGAAUUGCUGUCGUGUCCCAUGCGAUUUCUUACAUUGUUAUCCUGAUUUCCGCGCAUUUCAUGAUGAAUACACUCAAGGAGAAGCAGGGAACGAUGUCACUCGAUACCUUCGUUGCCAACGAAGCCCUCGUUCACGCUGUCUUUGCGGAUGCUUUCUUACCACUCGUAUUUGCGCUGCCACUUGCAGCCAAUGCGAUGUUGUCUACAUUUUACGAGAAUAGUUUGGUAUGGCAAGAGUUUUUCCCAGCGUACUGCAUCUCGCUUGUUCCGCUGCUUUCACCCAUGAUCUCGAUAUUUUUCAUCAAGGCUUACAAGGACCUCAUGCUCUCCUUUGUUACUUUCCGCUUCCUGCGCAAGGACAAAAAGAAAGCAGAAGAAGAUCGAAAGGCUCGUGAAGAAGCGAAUUGAUAUGCAUCACCGGCAUAUGCCGUUUCUGUUUCACAUAACC